CCUGACAUUGAAUUUUUUUUUCCUUAAAAGCGCGGAGUGGUGGUGAUGGUGGUAGCGGGGGCUUAGAGGGAUUGGUUUGGGAGAGAGGGUUUGGGUAACGGGUGCUAUAGUGGUUGCUGGUGCUGGUGUUCGUAGUGGUUGGGGCGGUGGUCGUGGUGGGUUUUUCGGAGCUGGUGGUUCCAGUGAGAACGGGGCACGCUGCGCCUUGUCAACGGAGCCAGGGCGGGGGGGGGGGAGCACAGACGGAGGCGAAUGUGACGUGUUUACUCCAUUUCUGGGCAUGUUAUGAUCAUUGUUGGUGUUGUUAGUUGGUGGUGGUGAUGGUGGGAAGGAGGGAGGUGGGGGGAAUUCGGUAUAUAUAUAUUUUUUUGAAAUCACUAACUCGGCCGCUUUCCAACACGGAGCGCUCAUAAGUGACUGUCGCGACCGGCUGGACUGUUUUAAUGCGUGCAGACUCGCGCAAUCGGUACCUCUAGUAGGCCGGCCACACGCCGACUAACACACACACACACUUUACAUUAUUACAGAACGGGUGCUUGUUUUUGCGAAGAAUUAACAGGGUAGUAUUGUGUGUGUGUUUUUUAUUUUCACUUAUAUUUUUGUCCCACUCAAUGUAAUUCGCCGCAGCUGCGUUUAAAGUCGUGUACUUAAACAAAAAAAACAAAUCCAAGCCUCUUCCGAAAAAAAUAAAUCACCACCCGUGUUUUAAUUUACUCACCCAAGCUUUUGCAUCCGAGCGUUGAGCCUUCGGGGCAACUUCAACUUGGCCCGAAGAGCAAUCUCUUAAGUAACGCUUUAACCGCCUGUUUACACGUGUCAGAGCUGGUAAUACAGACAUCAAAAAGCAUUAGUCUUGGCUCAUCACCACCACCACCAGCACCAACCACCACGACGACUACCGCCACCAUCACGCUCGCUGCCGGCCGAGCAGAACGACGAGGCUCGCCGCUCCCUUUUCCGACCCCCCAAAAUCCUGGAGGCGACAUCGCCAUGCGGACAUCGUCGUCGUCGGCGGCGUCGGCGCCGUCGUCGUCGUGUAACGCCUGCAAGGGUCUUCUUGUGGGCGUCGUUCUCCUGCUGCUGACUCUCGCCGCCCCGGGCGGCUCGCUGGGCUGCGAGACGCGGCUGUCCCGCGGCCGUCGCUCGCUCCACCACCACCACCACCCGCUCAGCCGCUACCCUCGCCACUCGCCCAGGGGACACCGGCCCGAGCCGCACUCCGCCACGGCGGCGGCGGACGCGGCGACGCGCGGACACCGUCACCCCCACGCCGUGUCGCUCUACUUCACCGGCAGGCGGGAGCAGCUGAAGAGACGCGCAAGCCGCGUGCCGGGAGGGCUCCCCAGGUCCUCGUUCACCGUGGAAGUCUGGGCCAGUCCCGAGGGAGGGCAGAACAACCCCGCCGUCAUAGCCGGGCUCUUCGACGACUGCUUCUACGGCCGGCACGACAAGGGAUGGUCGCUCGGCAUCGUCCACGUGAACCCCGCCGGGACGCACCACGGCGGCGCCCCGACCUCGGCCGCCGCCGCCGCGGCCGCGGCCGCUCACGCCCCGGCCCGCUCGCGCUACUUCUUCUCCCUGAACGCCGACAACUCGCGCUCGGCCACGACGCUCGUGUCGCCCCUGCGCUACGUCCCCGACGCGUGGACCCACCUGGCCGCCACCUACGACGGCCGGCGGCUCGGCCUGUUCGUGAACGGCGCGCGGGUCGCCAGGUCGCGCGUGUCGGGCCGCGCGGGGCCGCUCUUCGCCCCCGAGGUGGCCGCCUGCAAGACGCUGGUGCUGGGCGGCGACAACGCGCGGGGCGAGCGCGCCUACCGCGGAUUCCUGGCGGCCUGCGACUCUGGCGGCGGGCGCUCGGCUCCGGCGAGAUCCGCGCGUGGGCCGAGCGAGGCGUCCGCAUCGAGCGGCGGCGGCGGCGGCGGCGGUGGCGCCGCGCCCGCGGCCGACGUCGCGGGCGGCGGCGACGACUUCGACGCGCUCAAGGUCGGCUGGCUCGCGGUCAAGGGGGGCGCCUACCCCCGCGUACAGUCGGUGCAGGCGAGCGAGGCCGGCGACGGCGGCGGAGGCGGCGCCGGGACGGCGGCCGGGGGGCCGGCGGCGGCGGCGGCGUCCGCCGGGCCGGUGCUCGUGCCGCCGCCGUGCGGGCAGACGGUGUGCGACAACGUGCACGUCAUCUCCGGCUACAACAGCUACUGGCCGCUGCGCGAGCCCAAGGUGGUGCGCUACCGCCUGGUGAACAUCUACGAGGCCCCCGGCGAAAACCCGACGGUCAGCCGCGAGCAGAUUGAGGACCAGCACCGCGUGCUCAACCAGGCUUUCCAAAGGUACAACAUCUCCUGGGUGCUCACCGUCGUGGACGUUGUUAAUGCCUCGCUGCGCCAGCGCAUCAUCCUGGCCAACUGCGAGCACGCCAAGGUGGGCAAUCAGAACUGUGACCCCGAGUGCAGCCACCCCUUGACCGGCUACGAUGGGGGCGACUGCCAGCCGCUCUCCGGCCACUACCCAUCGUCCUCCUCCUCCUCCUCGUCGUCAUCGUCGUCGUCGGGACACGCGGCCGAUUGUAAUUUGGAAAUGAUGGAGAACGGCGUUUGCGACCCCGAAUGCAACACGGCGAAGAACGCGUUCGACAACGGAGACUGCUGCGAGCAAUUCUCCGACAACAUGACGAGGACCUGCUUCGAUCCCGAGUCGCCCAAUAGGAUCUACCUGGACGUAAAGGAGCUCAAGGAGAUCCUGAGGCUCAACGGCUCGACGCAUCUCAACAUCUACUUCGCCAACUCCGUGGGCGAGGACCUGGCCGGAGUGGCCACUUGGCCCUGGGAUAAGGAAGCUCUCACCCACCUUGGUGGCGUGGUGCUCAAUCCCACGUACUAUGGCAAGGCCGGACACACGCACACCAUCAUCCACGAGCUGGGCCACAACCUGGGACUUUACCACGUCUUCCGGGGGGUGUCGGAGACCGAAUCCUGCAACGACCCCUGCCAGGAGACCACCCCGUCGCUGGAGAAGGGGGACCUCUGCGCCGACACGGCCCCCACGCCGCAGAAUAAGCUGUGCCACGACCCGGAGCCCCGGAACGACACCUGCAACCAGCGCUACUUUCAGCACACGCCGUUCAACAACUACAUGAGCUACGCCGACGAUGGCUGCACCAACUCUUUCACGCCGAAUCAGGUGGCACGCAUGCACUGCUACCUGGACCUGGUGUACGAGGGCUGGCGGCUGGACCGCGCCCCCCUCCCCGUGCCGAUGCCGCCGACCCCCGCCGCCCACGACGAGGGCUCGCUCACCCUGCAGUGGAUGCCACCCAUCAACGGCCACGUCUUCCAGAGAGAAGUGGGAUCUGCGUGCGACCUGUGCGGAGAAGAUGGGCGGCUCACGCAGUUCGCGCACUCCGCCUCGUCACCCCGCGCCUGCGACCCCUCGGGACACUGGAGCCCGAAGGAAGCGGAGGUGUGUGGCUGGGCUACAGGUCCCCCGGAUGUGGAGAGGCCGUGUGAGGUCAGCCUGCGCACCUGGAGCCCUGAGUCACGCUACAGCCAGCGUACGCCAUCGGGGACAUGCCCCCAGCCGUCCGGCUGCGUUCUGGAGCUCUCCUUCAGCUUGCCCACCCUCCCCGAGCUGCUCACCAUCUGGGUCACCUACAUCUUCCUGCACAACUCCCACCCCAUCAAGGACCUGGUCAUCCUCACGGCCGACGGGAGGAACAAGUCGCUGGGACCCCAGACGGUGUUCUGCGACGUCCCGCUGACGGUGCGCCUGGACUGGCUGCUGGCGCCGGUGGAAUCGGUGCGCAUCCACACGAUCGACGAGAAGCUGGAGGUGGACGCAGCGUUGCUGCGCUCGGCCCCCAGCGACGGUCGCUGCUCGCGCUGCCGGCCGCUCUCCUACAAGCUGUCCCGCUCGCCGCCGUUCCACCCGCGCGGGCAGGUGGUCGUUGACGGGCCGUCGCGCAGCUUUGUGGACAGGUCCGUGGAGCCGGGAGCGACGUACGUGUACCAGGUGGCCGUCUCGACGACGUACGGCGACUCGCAGCCCUCGCCGCCGCUUGUCUACACGCACGGGAGCCCCUACUGCGGGGACGCUGCGACGCACGAGAGCACCGAGGAGUGCGAUGACGGAAACCUGACGGACGGCGAUGGAUGCAGCAGCACGUGUCACGUCGAGGCCAGCUUUGUUUGCAGAGGACAACCCAGCGAAUGCUACGUAAACUCGCUCGGGGAUCAGGAUGAUUUCGACGACACCGACGACGCCGUCGUUGAGAGCGAAAAGGGAGCGAGCGUCGGCUGGAAGGACUCGCGCUGCUCCGGGCAGGCCAGGGGGGGCAUGGGCUCGUGCCUGGCGAUGGUGAACCAGGAGGUGCCGGUGGGCGAGCGGUGGGCCGCGAGCGUGACGGCGUCGCACGAGAGCAAGACGCACUGCCCCGCUCACGCUGUCGUCGGCCCGCCCGCCAACCCCGAGCUGUGUGUGAGGGACCCUCUGGAGUUGCCCAACGGGGUGGUGGGCUGGGCCUGGUACCCGUGCAAUCAGUCUCUCGCUGGCCCGGGCCACACGGAGUCGCAGGGCCCGCAAGACGCGCCCAGCAUCCCCGGCGGGGCUGUGCAGCCCGCAGGCACACACGCUGCCACGGACUCGCGGGGCGAACCCGAGGCCUUCUGGCUCAAAGCUUACUUCCUCCACCCAAUGCAAGUCCUGGCGGUCGUUGUGCACUUGGCGAGCGACGGCUCCGGCGCCGCUGUUGGGGAAUCCAACUCGAUGAAGGUUUUCCUCGUUGAUGCUCAGGACCGGAACCACAGUGUCGGCGUCUACAAGCUGAGCUGCCGCGAUAACCCGCUGGUGAUUCCCGUGGGACUCGGGGUGACCGGGCGAGCGGGCAGGAGACGUCGCCGGGCCAAGGCGGUGCUGCUGCACGUGUCCUCGCGUCUCGUCGCCGUGUCCGGCGUGGCGAUGCGACCCGUGUCCCAGAAGCCCUCCUCCACCUCCUCCUCUUCCACCUCCUCCUCUACCUCCUCUUCCACCUCCUCUUCCACCUCCGGGAGAGAGGACGAGGAACUCGCGCACAUCUGCCCCGCCGGCGAAACGUACAGCCACAGCCUCAAGAGGUGCACCUGUGACGAGUGCAGCACCUGCCUCCCGCUGCUGGUGGCAAACGGCACGGUGCGGUGCGAGGACUCCGGCAGCCGGUGCGAGGUGCUCUGCGGCAAGGGGCACGAAGCGAGCGUGGACGGACAACCCGUGGCGGACAGGAAGCAGCAUCAGGUGGGAGUGGCCUGCGUGGAGGGCCAAUGGGAUAAGCGCGUUGCCUGCCUGCCCGUCGACUGCGGUGUCCCGAGUUCGCACCUCGUGUACCACGCCGACUUCAGCUACCCCCAUGGAACGAGCUACAGUGCCCGCACCACCUUCGUCUGCCGCCCACCCGCCAUACUGCAAGGUGCGAGCGCCGAGUUGCAGUGCCAGGAGGACGGGCUGUGGUCCCUGCCGGAGGCGUACUGCCAGCUGACGUGCCGGGCACCGCCGCCCAUGCCCAACGCCGUGGCGCGCACCGAACGCUGCAAACACGACGGCCAGAAGGUCGGCUCCUCCUGCAAGUACCGCUGCAAGCCCGGAUACCACGUGCUGCUUACCAGUCGCAAGGUGUUCAAGGUGAAGUGCACGGAGGAGGGCCACUGGGAGGAGGGCGGCUGCGUGCCUGUGCAGUGCCCUCCGCUGCCGCUGGUGCUGCACGGCUCCUACACGUGCACGCACCGGUUCCAGUUCGGCUCCCGCUGCUGGGUCAACUGCAGCACCGGCAAUCCCAGCAAGCAGGGCCACAAAGUGAUCGAGUGCAGAAAGAAUGGACGCUGGAGUGGGGAACUGCAGCUGUGCCCGCACGUGCAGGGCGAAUGCACCACCCCGGACCCUCCGUUCAUCAUCGAAUUCGACUGCCCUACUGGAUAUGGAAUAGGAUCCGUGUGCAAGCCGACCUGCCUGAUCCCACAGAGCGACUCCGUCUUGCUCCCUGAAAAUGUCACCCUCCCGGAGAACGUCACCGCCCUGUCGCUGCCAUACUGGACACUCCCCACCAAAGUUGAGGAGAUUGUCUGCACGGGGAAGAAGGAGUGGCACCCCCCACCACAUGCCAUCUACUGCUUCCAAAAUUGCGAGUUAUGGGUCGGAGAUGGUUACUGCGAUCCGAUGAACAACAACGCCUACUGCCACUACGAUGGAGGGGAUUGUUGCGAUUCCACAUCCACCUCCAAACAGGUGACCAAAUCACACGCCCAUGCUGCACACGAACACAUUGUAAGGUCGCACUCUGUACACACAAAGCGCUUGCCACAAAUCAACCACAAUACCUCGCUGAUCUCGUCAAGGAGCAUAAACCAUCACGCAAACUGCGGUCUUCCUCGCAGCAGCUUUUGGCUAGACGGCGAACAAAGAGGGCCACCGCAUCGCGCAAUUUCACGUGCUCUUCUACAACCGUCUUGAACGCUCUUCCUUCCGAUAUUAGGAAGUGACUUUAACGAUGCACUUUUAAAUCUACAUUGAAAAGGCAUUUCUUUAAAACUGCAUUUUGUGUUUAGUUUGUUGAUCUUCCUUGCACCUCCGAUUGUCACGAUUGGCUACGUACGGUGUGAAAGAAAUUCAACAUACACACAUACACCACAGUCUGGCAGCAGCAGAUUGCACGGCCGCAAGUUAUGGUGUCACACAAAGCCCAUAUGCCUGGCCUGCUGCUGUACCCAAUAUAUUUAAAAACGCACUUUUUUUUAUUUCACUGAGCGAUUAGCUCUUUUUCAGAAGCGACCUGGCCACAAAUGACAGCUCAACAAAGUGGUUCAUCACGUGGACAUUUAUCACAGCCAAAUACUC